AUGAGUGCAGCCCUGCAGGUGACAGCAUUCGGGCUCGCUCUUCUCUCUACACUCUUCCUACUCCUGGCCACGUGCACGGACUGCUGGAUGGUCAAUGCUGAUGACAGCUUGGAGGUAAGUCACAAAUGCCGGGGCCUUUGGAGAGAGUGUGUCACCAACAUGCAGGAUGGGGUCAGGACCUGUGACCAGUAUGACUCCAUUCUGGCUGACCACCCAGUGAAGAUCGUGGUGACACGGACCCUGAUGAUCACAGCAGAUCUCCUGGCUGGCCUGGCUUUGGCUACACUGAUUCUUGGGCUCGACUGCAUCACAUUCUUCAAGGAAGAUCCUCGUGUCAAACUGAAGAUGUGCUAUGGAGCUGGAGCCAUGCUCGGCGCUGGGAGCAUCCUAGGGCUCACAGGCUCUGUGUGGUAUGCAGUGGACGUCUACGUGGAGAGGGCCAUGCUGGUGUCACACAAUGUAUUCCUGGGAGUCCACUAUGACUUUGGGUGGUCGUGCUGGCUGGGAAUGGCUGGCUCCACUGGCUGCUUUGUGGCAUCUGUCCUGCUGACCUGCUGCCUCCAUGCCUGCACAGGUCAGUCUGUCUCAUUCCACCCCAUCCUAUCUCAAGUCCUGGUGAAGGUGUGCUGA